AUGCCGGGCCGUGGCCGUGGCCGGGGUGGGUUCCGCACUGACAACUCGCCUCGCUCCGUGCUCGUUUCGAAAGCCCUCUCCCGCCUCCUGCGCCAUGCGGCCGUGCAGGAACACAUCCCCAUCGACAACCACGGAUAUGUGCGUAUGGAUCACUUGCUGGGAUGGCAGCGGUUACGAAAUAUGAAGCCGCCGGUAACGUUUGAGGAGGUAAUUGAAGUUGUCAAGGGGAAUGACAAGAAGAGGUUUGCGAUGAAGUACGGCAGCCCUGCAGCAGAUGCAAAGGACGACGAUGCAGGAGAUCAGGGGGGCGAGGCGGCUACCACGCCGACCAUCGAGGCGGAUACGGGAAUACCUGAACCAAAUUCAGAGACUCAAACGGAAACCGAAACACAGCGCGCAAUAUCUAUAUUGGAGUCCCUUCGUGGCGACGAGGUUGACACGAGAAGAUUCUUCAUUCGCGCAACCCAGGGUCACAGCAUGAGAGCCGUCGAAGCCGAAAAUCUCCUCUCUCCAAUAUCGCUGGACGAUCCCACGACCAUUCCGGACACGGUUGUGCACGGAACAUUCUACGGGGCGUGGGAGAAGAUAUUGCACAGCGGUGGCCUGAAGAGUAUGACCAGGAACCAUGUCCAUUUCGCAACCGGGCCUUCAUUAAGCGAAGUGUUACCAGCAUCAUCGCAUGCGGACGAUGGCAAGGACGGUGCCGGAAUUGGAUCUAGUCACGAUGCGCAAGGCAAGGCCACGCCCAAGGGAAAAGACAAGUCGAGGAACAACCUCGGCUUGUUGCUAGGCAAGAACAAAGUAAUCAGCGGGAUGAGAAGCGACGCUCAGAUCCUGAUCUACAUCGACAUUCGCAAGGCCCUGGCCGAGGACAAGGCCAUGAAAUGGUGGAGGAGUGAGAAUGGCGUCAUCUUGUCAGAAGGGGUAGUGGCACAUGCUGCUCCUCCUUCUCCUCCUCAACCAGAGACACAGGAGAGGAGUGGGGAGAAGACAGCAGAGACAGAGGCAGAAGAAGAGAAAGGGAAAGGGAAGGAGAAACUGGUGCCGAUCGCGUACUUCCUCGCGGCCGUCGAGGUCAAGGAAGGCAUCGGGCUGCUUUGGGAAGCCGGGAAAGGAACUGUCAGGGAACUGCCUGAACAGCUGCGGACGAGGGCCGUUCCCAGAGGGAAAGGAGAGCGGCCGCAAGGGAAAAGGCAAAGGUAG